UUUAUAUAUAUUUAUAUAUAAAGAAAACGACGAUUAUAUCUUUGGAGGGGGUUAGUUUGGGUACUUUUUUUUAAAGAGAUGACGAGCUUGAACCCUUUUGAUUUGUUGGGAGAUGAUGAUACCGGGGAGCUUUCAGUACUGAUCGCUGCACAGCAAAAGCCUGUGUCAACCGCCAUCGUCGUUCCAAAGAAGGGCCCGGCUCAGUCUCAGGCUAAGCAGCAGCCUACUCAGACUAAACAAGCUAAGCUUCCCUCCAAGCCUCUCCCUCCUGCUCAGGCCGUGAGGGAAGCCAAGACUGAAGGUACUCGUGGCGGAGGCCGUGGUGGACGUGGGCGUGGUGGAAAUGCUGGAUACAGAGGUGAUACUGCCAAUGAUGAGAACUCAUUCAGCAACAGUGUUAUUCCUGGUGGUCAAGGUGCACUUGAAGAUGGAGAGAGUGGAAAGUCCAAUGAAAGGCGUGGAUAUGGUGGCCCUCGGCCUUAUCGUGGUGGUCGCCGUGGUGGCUUUGGUAAUGGGGAAGCUAGAGAUGGGGAACGACCUCACAGAGUGUUUGAACGCCAUAGUGGGACUGGACGCGGAAAUGAGUUCAAACGUGAAGGCUCUGGUCGUGGGAAUUGGGGAAAUCAGACUGAUGAACUAUAUCCGGUCACCGAAGAAGCCAACGAAACGGGUAAGAAUUUAGCUGAUGAGAAGCUUGCAGGAGAAGAGGAUACAGGAGAUGCUAACAAGGAGAACCCUACAGAUGAAACAGAAGAAAAAGAACCUGAGGAUAAGGAGAUGACUCUUGAGGAGUAUGAAAAGGUGCUGGAAGAGAAAAGGAAGGCCCUGCAGGCACUCAAGACUGAGGGAAGAAAAGUUGAUGCCAAGGAGUUUGAGUCUAUGAAGCAGCUUUCAAACAAGAAGAAGAAUGACGAUGAAGUUUUCAUCAAGUUGGGCUCUGAUAAGGAUAGGAGAAAAGAGGCUUAUGAGAAGGAAGAGAGAACCAAAAAGGCUCUGAGCAUUAAUGAGUUUCUGAAGCCUGCUGUAAGGGAGAGGUACUACAACCCGAGUGGACGUGGGCAUGGGCGCGGGCGUGGUUCAAGAGGAUUUGGUGGUGACAGUGAAGCAAGUAAUGUGGCAGCACCUUCCAUUGAAGACCCUGGGCAGUUCCCAUCAUUGGGAUGCAAGUGAGGUUUCUCUAUAGCCCCCACAUGCCAUCUCCAGUUUUCAUUUUCUUUGAUUUUUGGGUUCUUCAUGUUUUAGGUAGGGUCUGAACUCAAAUAACUUGGUUCCCUGUUGCCCAAGGACCUUAAAAUUUAAUGUUUUAGUGUAUAUUUUGUGUUUUAUUCUCCCUAACAAUUGUUAUGCUGUGAUCCGACUCCCCCCCCCCAAAAAAAAAUAAGAAUUAGAAACUGGAGCCCUGUGAAAUUAUUGCUGCUGUUGUUUUGAAAUAGAUGGACCUAUUUUGCAA